AUGCCCCGGAUGAAAUGCCCGCCUACAUCACAAGAAGACGCACCAAUCAACGGCCUACCACCUCCUCGCAACAACCAUCAUGCGAUCGUGUGCCUACCGUCCGGCCUGUCUGUGAGGCCGCCGAGCUUUUUUCAUAAUGCUUUGAGCUCUCUCAACAGGGACUAUCAUGAUGUCUAUACUGCUUUGAACAAUGGCCUGAUUGCGAACCAGCGCUUUGCUGCUGCAGAGGCUGGACUAAUUACUCAGAACAACGGACUGAGGGAGGAGAACAGUCGCCUCGAGAAGGCGAAAGAGGGUCUAGAGACCGAGUCGAAGACUGAGAGGGAGACACUUGGUGCGGAAAAUGUCGUCCUUGGUGCUGAGAUUGUGGUGCUCAAGGAGGAUCUGGGAGCAGUUCGUAACCAGCUCAAGACCAGAGAUGAGGGAUUAGAGGCAGCACGCAAAGCUCAUGAGACUUGUGAGCAAGCUGCGAGAGACUUUAUAGCAGGUAACUUGGAAGCAGCACUGGCUAGCAAAACGACUUUGGAGCAGACUGCAAACGACCUUCGCGAUGUGCUGAAGACCAAAAAAAGCGAUCUCGAAACGGCACUUCGGAAUCAGAAAACCUCUGGACAGUCUACCAAAAACCUUGAUCAUGAGCUGGAGGAGACGAAGGACGUAUUGAAAACUGCACUCGCUGGGCAUGAAAAGACAAAGCAGGACGCUCAGGACCUCGCUCAGGACCUCACCGUCGACCUCAACAAAUCACAGUCAGCUGAGGCCUAA